AUGAGCUACAGCAACGUUCCGCCUCCGAAGUCUUUAUUAGGAAGAACACAAGGCUAUACAAGUUAUGAUCGAGAUCAAGACGAGGACACGCAGAAGGUAAGGGGAACGAAGUAUUUCUAUUUUUAUCCGUUUUAGUACGAUUCUUUGUGUAAAAAGGGGCGAAAAUCUGAUAGUGCUCAUCCAAGGGAUGACCAGAGCGACGAGGAAUAUUUCAAUGACGAUGAAGACGAAAGAAAACCAAGAACGAGCAAAAAGAAAGAUGAGUCAAAUGAGGAGGAGGAAGUAGAUGAACUUGAACUCUUUAUGGCAGAGAUUGAACAGCAAGCAAAGAAAGAUGUAGAAAAGAGCAAGGAAAAAGAAUCAAGUGGAAAUAUUGCAGGAGGUGGUACAGGUAGAGAAGAUAUUGACGCAGAAGAUAUGCAAGAAAGUUAUUUCAAGUAAGUUCUUCAUUUUUUCGUUUAAAUGUGAAACUAGAUUCCUCGAAGAUUACAAAGAGCGUCACCCAGAAGAGGACGAAGAUAAUUUUGAGUACGAUGAGGAUGGAAACGUGAUUUGGACUUGGAAGAAAGUGAUCGAUCCUCUUCCUUCGUGUGAUCACUCCAAAUUUCAAUAUCCCGAGUUCAAAGCCUGUUUUUACAAAGAACAUGAAGACAUAUCAAAGUUGACCCCAGUCCAAGUUUUUGAGCUGAGGAAUUCAUUGGAUAUAAAAGUAUAUGGUGCAGAUCCUCCAAAGCCUUGUGUCAGCUUUGCCCAUUUUAAUCUAGAUGAUAAGUUAAUGAGUCGUUUGAGAAAGUCCGAAUUUUCAAAGCCAACGUCUAUUCAGGCACAGGUCAGUCUUUUUAGAUUUUUUCUAAAUAGUAUUGGCGCGCCGCGACAAGCCUGAAUUGCGACUAUUAAGUAAUAACGGAAUAGUGAGAAUGCCGGAGCCAGGAAAGUACGGCCACCCGGUAUUUGAGGCAGGGCGAAUGGUCGUAGUCAAGUGUAUAAUUGCGUGAGUAGUUAGCCGAUGAGAAUGGUUAGCAGAAGUGAUUAAAUCACCUUUAUAUGAUUUGACAGCCAUCCUAACCUUUUGGCUAGCCAUUCUCAGGGUUGAAUAUGCAUUGUAGCGCAUUAACUAAGCCAAUUCAUCUUUUUGGUUUUCCAUUUGUGAGGAGAUUUAACUUGUGGAUGUGAAUGCUCGCUCUGCCUCAAAUAUAGCACAGUCGUAAACCGAGUUUGAUGUUUUUGUCAUGAAAUGAAAACAACGUUUUUUAGGCUAUCCCAACGGCUCUGUCAGGCCGCGAUGUUCUUGGGCUUGCGAAAACAGUAAGCUUACUUCUUGGUUUUAUAUAUUUCGUUUAGGGAAGUGGGAAGACUUUGGCCUAUGUCAUCCCGGCGGUUGUUCAUGUUGUUUCACAGUCGUACCAUGGCUGUAGCAGCAGGGGUCCAAUUGCGGUUGUGAUUGUUCCCACAAGAGAGCUGGCACUUCAAGUAUAUGAGGAAUUUAGAUUUUAUGCUCGUCCUUAUGAGUUGAGUAUUGUUUGUGCACAUGGUGGAGGCAACAAAUACGAACAAGGGAAGGCUCUAAAAACUGGGUGUGACAUCUGCAUUGCAACUCCGGUACUUACAAACUAGCACCAUGUUUAUUUAUUUUAGGGCAGGAUGAUCGAUUUUGUAAAAAGUGAAUCCACAGAUCUGAUACGAACAAGUUUCUUAGUAUUCGAUGAGGCAGAUCGGAUGUUUGACAUGGGAUUUGGUAAGUGGAAUGUUACGUUUUCUAAACCCUCUAUGAUUUAGAGGCGCAAGUUAAGUCGAUUGCUGAUCAUGUCCGUCCAGACCGACAAUGUCUCAUGUUUAGUGCCACUUUUCCCUCAAAGAUAGAAAAACUAACUUCGUAUGCCCUCAGUCAUCCUGUAAAGAUUGUGUGUGGAGACGUAGGCGAAGCUAAUGCUGAUGUAAUGCAACAUGUUCUGUUUUUGCCUUCUGUGGAACAGAAAUGGCAAUGGCUCUGCUUAAAUAUAAUCAAGUUUUGUGCGGAUGGAAAAGUGAUAGUGUUUGUCACCAAAAAAUUAAAUGCGGAGAUUGUUGCCGAGAAGCUGAAGCAAAAUAACGUCGACCUUGUUCUUCUUCACGGAGAUAUGCUUCAAGCAGAAAGAAGCGAGCGUUUGAAAACUUUCAGAAGCUCCGUUCCUUGUCUCGUUGCCACUGACGUUGCAGGUAAGAUCAACUAUUGUUAAAGGAGACUUCGCGAGAAGUUGAAGCAGGCUCAAAUCGGGGUAUGCCAUAGAAUUUGACCUCCACUUUUUUGUCUUAACUAAUGGCAUGUAGGUUGAUAAAGAAAUUGGUAAUUUUUUCGAAAAAAUCGUCAUCGUGACCGAGAUAUGACGUAUUUAUUGAAUUUUGGUUAAUGUGAUAUAUUGUCCUAAUAUAUUGCCAAAACGUCGGAGGGCUCAUAGAAAGGCUAUUACUGAAAGAUUUUCGUUCACUUCUGAGCUUUUGUGGUACUUUUUUGUUUUAAUCGGAGAGCCCUGCCAGAACCCAGUAAACCGAAGCAACGUCAUUCAGAGCAGGAUACUCAUGUUUUCCACCAUACGGAGAAAUUAGGACAACAUAUCACAUUAAACGAAAUUAAAUAAAUACGUCAUAUCUCGGUCAUGAUGACGAAUUAAAAAAUUAAAAAAAUCACCUAGUUCGUUAGCAGCCUAUAUUUCGUCUGUUUUAAAAUAAGUAAAUAAUUACUCGUUUAGCCAGAGGAUUGGACAUUCCUGAAGUUAAAACUGUCGUCAAUUUUGAUAUUGCGAGGGAUAUAAAUACACACGUUCAUAGAAUUGGAAGAACAGGCAGAGCCGGACAGAAGGGAGAUGCAUUUACCUUGAUGACGUCAGAAGACAAAGAAUUUGCAGGUCCCUUAAUCCAAAAUCUCGAAAAUGCUGGACAAGAGGCUCCUCCCGAAUUGAUAGAACUGGCAAAAACAUCCAAAUGGUAUAUUGAAAACGGGUCUGGUCAACAGCAGGGGAAAACCCGAGUAGGAUUGGGGUUCACAGGGAGCAGCAAACACAGAGAUGUGCCUUCUGAUUUUACCAAGCCUAAGGAUAACGUUACUCAUCAAAUUGAGAAGGCGAAGAACGUGGCUAGCAGUUCCACUGGGUUAGGCUUAACCAGAUUGGCUACGAUGAGGCACUAUCUCAGCUCGUCUUAUAAAGGUAGUUUCACUAGAGCAAGCACGGAUGAAUCUCCCACCAUUUCUUACACUGAUCCCACGCCUUCCCGAUUACAACCUAAUCCAACAGGACCUGCAAAAAAGAAAUCUAGGUGGGGAUAAGGAUAUCAUCUUAAUGUAUUUAUUGAAAUCCGUUAAUAAAUGGUUUGGUAUUCAUCUCAAAUUUCUUUACGGUUUUUCCCGAUUCUACCUUGCCGGCCGUGACAUGGUCACAAACAAACUGGAAAGACUUUAUUGCUCUUUUAGAUGCUUCGACAACUCUUUUCAAUCGCGGUUUCCCAAGGAAGACGCUUUGCAACAACUCCACAAUUGUUGGGGAACUUGA